CAUAGGAAGGGCCGGACCGGCAUCACCCGUUCCUGCUUUCAUUGACACCGGCACCGACCGUAAAAAUGAGUCGAGAGAUCCUCGCUGAGCUACACUGGGCCGACGGCUUCGCCAUCCCUGUGGCCAACACGGAGAAUAAAUCCCUGGAGGAUGAGAUGCAGAGAAAACAGAAGGAAAAGACAAGCUUGACAAACCAGAUGAAAGAAUUUGAAGACCGAAUUAAAGCUAUGUCUGACCACCUGAAAAAUGUCAAACAGGAGUUAAACUAUACUCAGUCCCUGUGUAGGGCAAAAGAGAACGAAACGGAAAGUGAAGAACACUUUAAGGCUCUUUCUGAAAGGGAAAUUGGUCGGCUCAAACAAGAAAUUCAGAGACUGGAAAAUGAACUUGGGUCCUUGAAAGAGAAGAGAAAUAAUCAAGAAAAUGAUAUUUUCAAAGCAACAGAAAAACUGGAUAAUCUCAAGAGUCAGCUGAACUGGGACCAACAGGCGCUGGAAGCUUGGCUAGAAGAAUCUGCUCGCAGAGACGAAGACUUGGUUGCGAUCCAGAAAUAUGCUCAAAAAGAUGAUGGAAAAAUUAAAGAGCUGUCCCUGAGGAUUGAACGGAUGACGAUGGAGGCUAACCAAAAACGCAAAGUUUUAGACAACGAGCUCACAGAAACCAUCACUGCACAGAUUGAACUAGAUAAAACGGCUGAAGAUUUUCGGAAAGCACACUCGGAACGGCAACAGCUCAUCCAACAGUGGGAAAACACUAUUGAACAAAUGCAGAAAAGGGACAAAGAAAUUGACCACUGUGCACUGCUUCUAGCCCAGGUGAAACAGGAACUGAGAGAGAGAGAAGGCGUAAUCAAAGAAAAAAUGCAGUUUUUGACAAGUGAGAUAGACAAUAAUAAAGAAUAUGAAAAUAAAAUCUCCAAUGCAGAAAGGAAGGCUGCCAAGCUUAGAUUGGACUCUCAGGAACAAGAAGCAGUACGAAAUCAACUAAAAAACGAGCUGGACACAUUGAAAGUUACUGUUGAUAGGACAGCUACAGAGUUAGAGAUUAUGCGAACACAAGUUGUAAACCUGAAAAAAGAGAUCCAGAAUAAACAAAACAGGCUCAAUAUAGCAAAUGAACAUAAUGAUGGUCUCACUGAAAAACUGACGUUUGUGACUGAGUCGGCAAUGAGUUUGGAAGAGAGAGCUUUACGCAUGGAAGAGAUGCUGAAAGAACAAGAAAAAACUGUCAAGGAUUUUGAAACCCAAUUAAAACAGAUGAGAGAGCUUCAUUUCAAGAAAUCCCAAGAACUGCAUGAACACAAAUCAAACGAAAAGAGCGUUGUGGCAGAAAUUAAUGGAGGUCAAGUUUCAUUGAGAAACCUUAAUAUCCAACUGCAGAAGCUUGACCUGCAGGCUUUGAAACAACAGGGGAUCAUGUACAAUCUGGAUUUUCAUAUCCAGCAACUGGAGCGCAGACUGUCACGUUUAAAAGGAGAGGUCAACACUGAUGAAAAGCGUGCUUUGGAAAUGAAAAUCUCUGAACUUACCAAAGCAUUUGAAGAGCGUAAGACUGCUCUUAAUCUAAUAAAUGGGCAGCAUAAGAAACUGCAGGGUGAUGUCCGUCAUAUCAAGCGGGACCUUGACAAGACUGGCCAGGAGAAAGGAGAUCUCAUCAAUAAGAUGGAGGAAUUUAAACUGUUUAACACAAUGACUGAAAAAGAACUGAAAAAGUUGAAAGCAUCAAAACAGGAUUUGAUGGUUGAAGACAACAUCCUGAAGCUGGAAAUCAAGCGACUGAGGGAUAUGCUGUACAGUAAAGCAGAUGAUGUAUUUUCAUUGGAAAAACGCAGGUUGCAGCUGCAGACUGCAAUGAAAGAAAGGAGAGAAGAGAUUGCGAUUCAUAAAGAGAUGCUUAAGUCACAGGUCCGAUUGGUGGAUCAGGAGAGACAAAGCAUAAGCUCAGAGCUGCAUGACAGACUGGCAAAAGUAGAUAAAAUGAGGAAGAGAUACGAAAUCCUAACGAUCGCAAUGAUGCCUCCUGAGGGAGAAGAGGAGAAAUCCCAGGCAUACUACAUAAUUAAGGCUGCUCAGGAAAAGGAAGAAUUGCAGCGUACAGGUGAUGACUUGGAUGCUAAAAUUCGAAAAGCUGAAAAGGAAAUCAACGCAUUAGAGAAUACUCUUCAGAUUAUUAAUGGCUGUAACAACUCCUAUCGAAAAUCUUUUAAUAAAGUCACUGAAACAAGUGAAGAGUAUGAAGAAAAGGUUCAGCUGGAAGAGCAAAAAAAAGCUGCAGAAGAGAAGUACAGGUACAAACGAAAGCAGAUCCGAGAGCUACAAGCAGACAUACAGGUCAUGAAGAACACUUUUGAUAGCAUGAUGAAAGAAGAAGUGUCCUAUGAGGACAAGGUGAAUGAAAUGCUUCCGAGCAUCACACAGCUUAACAAAGAAACAGAGGACCAAAAGCAGAAGCUAGAACGGGUGAUGAAACAGUGUUCCAAACUGAUGAAAGAAAUACGUACAGCAAAAAAGAGUGAAGGAGAAACACAAGAUGAGCGAGAUAUUAAAGUUCGUGACUUGCGUGACUUCAACAAAUCAAUCAACAAAAUGCUUGCAGGGGCAAUGGAGCAAAAUCCUGAUCUGAGUCAAGCUCUUCAGUUGUAUUUCCAACAGUUUGGUUUGGAAAUCCCUACUAGCAAUUCAACUCCAGGAAGUUCAAGAGGAAGUUCAUCAAGAAGCUCACUCUUAUCAAUCCGAUCAAACUCUUCUAGAUCUUCAUCUAGUUCAGGUACUUCUCCACGUAUUAAAGUGCUUGAGCUUGGACUACCUCCUGCUUCUCCCUCAUCAAGUAUCUCAUCAACUCGCAGCUUGAAGACUUCUACCAGAGAACGGUCUCAAAAGGGUCACAAAUAGUAAUGAUGUCAAAUGAAAAAUUACACAUGAAGGCAAAUAGUAUAAGCAACCCUUUUUAUUGUUGUCUCUCAAUACCAGACUCUUCCCUUAUUUACAACAAAAAAUAUCAAUGUGUAAUUCAAAAAUUAUCUAUUUUUACUUCAGGAGGUAUACUUAAUCACAAAACACAACCCAGCUUGGGAGUCAUUUAUUAUUCUCUUAAAAUAAAAGUGAUAAAAUUGUACUCCUGCAUUAAAACAGUGUUCUUCAGAACCGCUUGCAACAAAAGCAAGUAUUACAUGACAACUUGCUUUUGCACAGGUAAGUAAAUCACAACUGCACGCCAGUCCCUGAGAGUGUAUCUCGAAUAAAAGGUUUCAAUUACUUUUUUCUU